GCUGUCCGCAACGCUCACUGACCUCCCGAGACCCGCUCUAUGUUUGUGCGUGCGUGCGUGCGUGCGUGUGAAGCGCUCAGCUGUCUGUCAUAAACCAGCACAACAGCACGCGCUUCUCCAGAGCAAACCAGACAGCACGCGUACAGAGGCGCUGGCGACAGCUGAGUUGGGUCUUCAGUUAUGCACAGCUAGAUUAAAGCAAAGCGAGGCAGUAUCUGCGUCAAAAUGAACUGGUGUAUAGGCGAACUAACGUGAAAACAUCCUCAAAUUGAUUAAGCCCAGCGUUGAACUUGAACCACGCGUGCACGGGGAUGAGCUGUAGUAUCUUGUUGUUUACUCUCGAAGCUUUUGCAGUGAAGCGCAAUGUUCACGUUUGACAGCCCUGCGUAACAUUUCGUCCGCGCUGAACAUGACAGAGGACAUAAUGACGGCUGUGCGCCGAAAUCUUUCUGAAACAGCAGGUGCCUCGGGACAAAAAGAUAGCGGACAAACUGAAACGACAAACGAGGCGAUUCCUUCCUCCUCACCCGCGGAGCUCAGCCAGGACUCCGCGUCCUGCACCAGCGAGCUGACGCGCACGUGGCUGCAGUUCGCCAAAACCUUCGUCAUUAUCUUCCCCAUAUAUGUCUUGGGUUAUUUUGAGUUCAGUUUUAGUUGGCUUUUAAUCGCACUCACGGUAUUUUUCAUUUGGAAAAGAAACACUAGGUGUAAGAACACUAGGUUGAAUAGAGCACUUUUGUUUUUUGAGCAAGAGGACACAGUUAAACAUGAGCUGGAGGCAACUGAGUUACCAUCAUGGGUUCAUUAUCCAGAUGUGGAGAGAGUUGAGUGGCUAAAUAAGACAGUGAAACAGAUGUGGCCUUACGUGUGUCAGUUUGUGGAGAAGCUGUUUAAAGAAACAAUCGAGCCAGCGAUCAAAGAAGCCAAUGCCCACCUCAGUACAUUCAGCUUCACCAAGAUCGAUCUGGGAGAUAAGCCUCUCCGAAUCAAUGGGGUCAAAGUUUACUCUGAGAACGUAGACAAACGGCAGAUCAUCAUGGACCUUCAGAUCAGCUAUGUCGGAAAUACUGAAAUCGAUGUGGAUGUCAAAAGAUACUACUGUAGAGCAGGGAUCAAAAGUAUACAGCUACAUGGAGUUCUGCGGGUGAUUCUUGAGCCACUUUUGGGGAAUAUGCCGCUGGUUGGUGCUCUGUCCCUCUUCUUCCUCAAGAAGCCACUAUUGGACAUAAACUGGACAGGCCUCACAAAUAUAUUGGACAUUCCAGGGCUUAAUGGCUUUUCAGACCACAUGAUCCAGGAUAUUAUCAGCACUUACAUGGUGUUGCCUAACAGGAUCACUGUACCACUGAUAGGUGAGGUUGAACUGGCACAGCUUCGUUUCCCCAUGCCAAAGGGAGUUCUAAGGAUUCAUUUUCUUGAAGCUCAGAAUCUGGAAGUUAAGGAUACAUAUCUGGGUGGGCUGAUCAAAGGGAAGUCUGACCCCUAUGGCAUGCUGCUGGUCAGCAAUCAGCUCUUUAGAAGCAAGACCAUCAAAGAAUGUCUGCACCCCAAAUGGAAUGAGGUGUAUGAGGCACUAGUAUAUGAACAUUCAGGACAACAUCUGGAAAUUGAGCUCUUCGAUGAAGACCCAGAUAAAGAUGACUUCUUGGGCAGUCUAAUGAUUGACUUGAGUGAGCUUCAUAAAGAACAGAAGGUUGAUGAGUGGUUUGACUUGGAAGAAGUAUUAAGGAGCAUAAGGGCUAAUGAAAAUCUUUCCUCAGCUCUGCUCGUUGUUUACCUGGACUCUGCCAGUAAUUUGCCGACCAAUCCUCUUGACUUUAACCCUGAUGGCCCCAAACCCCCUUAUAAAGGCCUGAAGCAGUCUGGGAAAAAAGUGAGCAUAGAUCCAAAUCCUUUUGUCAAACUGAGUGUAGGACAAAAGAUAUACACAAGCAAGGUGAGGUAUAAAACUAGUGAGCCGCUGUGGGAGGAGACUUUUCACUUCCUUAUCAACAACCCCCACACUCAGGAACUGGAAAUUGAGGUGAGGGAUAGUAAGCACAAGUGCUCUCUGGGUAGUUUGGGGGUGGCAGUUGCUUCUCUCCUGAAGGAGGCGGACAUGACGCUGAAUCAGCAGUUCCCCCUGCAGAACUCUGGCCCCAACAGCACCCUCAAACUAAAAAUGGCUCUCAGGGUCCUCUGUUUAGAGAAGGAGGUCACAUCCAGCCACCCGUCUUCUGUCCGGGUCAGACACAGUAGUCAGAAUAACUCUUGCGUGACCCCUCAACCUCAAAUAGUCACUAGCACCAGCAACUCCACAGUGAUCAAGCCGUCACAAAACCCAUCUUGUACCCUCGCACCGGACACCCCUCAAGGGAAAAGAGGAUUGGAUGGCUCCCCAGUGCGGUUAGCAGAAGCAGGCCGCAGCGUCUCCAGUCUGGAGAUAAGCAGCUCGCACAAGCAUCAGUCUCACAGAGACUCUACACCUAGUCUGGCCUCUGACAUCUCGCUGCCCUCUGCCACACUGGAACUGCAGCAGAGGUUACAGAAGCUACAAAACGGCUCUGGGCUGAGACAGUAUCCACUCGGUGAAGUCCAGCUCACUGUCCGACACAGCUCACAAAGGAAUAAACUUAUUGUAGUGGUUCAUGCCUGCAGAAACCUCAUAGCACUGACUAAAGAUGGUUCAGACCCAUACAUCCGUCUGUACCUGUUACCAGACAAGAGCCGGAGUGGCCGCAGAAAAACCAGCACACUCAAGAAGACGCUCAAUCCUAUCUACGACCAGUCCGUCGAGUUCAAUGUGUCUGUAGUGGAACUGCACAGGAGAACUUUGGAUGUCGCUGUCAAGAAUGGAGGAGGACUGUUGUCCAAACACAAAGUACUACUGGGCAAGGCACUUGUGGACUUGGCAAGUGAAGACAUUUCUAAAGGAUGGACUCGAUGGUAUCAUCUAACUGAGGAUGGCUCGAAGAAGAUCAUUCAGAUGUAGUGGUCCAUGCUAGAAAGCAGGAAGAAAUGGAACAGCAAGAUAACUGCGACAUGUCACGGCACGCACAGGAUAAUGUAGAGACCUUAGUAGCAGAAGAGCAGCGCUGGAUUAACUAAACCAGGCUACUUCUACUGGGAUUUACAUUGGCCUACAAAGUGUCUCUCUCUCAUUCUCACCAAAGCUAAAAUUGCUACCUUAAGCAUCAAUGUACAGCUUACUUUCACUUUCUCAAAGGAUUCAAUCUGAUAGUCUUUUUUAUUUUGUCUGCUUGUUUGUUUUAUCCUUUUAUUCAUCUUAUUGGUGUUUGGACGUAUAACUUCACUUUUUAUCAGAUAAAAAUGGUUGCCCAUGAAGUUAAGGAACAACAGUAGACAAAAAGAUCAUUAGAUUUAUUAUUAAAUGUGCCUUUAUUUAUUGUAUUUAAGUUAUUUUGAUAAUAUUAUUAACCUUUUUGAUUUCUUUUUAAUACUAUGUUUUAUAAGCAAUCAAAAUCACAUCAGAAAAAAAAAUGUUAUGUUGCUGGUAAGUCAGUCACGUUAUUAUAGCAUUGUUGUUUGUUUGAGGCAGUAUAAAAGACACGGGGUUGCAAGUGCAAAAGAAAGGCUACACAUACGUAUAUAUGUAUGUAUGUGUAAACAUUUCCUUAUCUUUAAUUUUAUGCUGCUUUCUCUAUCACAUAUAGUUAUGGAAAAUCCAAGCUAUGUUCAGCUCUUCAUAAAUGAUCCAUUGAUAAUUUAUUUUUUAAAGUAUUUUACUGUAUCCUGUUGAACACAAAAUGAACAGCCUGUAAAGAAAUGUUUGAUAUGCAUUUUGUCUGCAAGAGUUUUAUGAGGAAUAGCAAAAUGUUUUUAGUAUGUGACAUUUGUAAGAUAAUAAUAGCUUGGUUACAAAGUGUUUUGGAUUGUUUAAAGACUGUGAAAUGGCUGUUGAUAUGAUUUCCAGCCUUAUUCUUGUCUAUGCAUUAUGCAUGCUAUCAUUAAAAUAUGAAAUUCAACAUGAA